GCUCGCUCUAAAUGCGGACAUGGGUGUUUCUCCACGCACGUAUUUCCACGCGUUUGUGUUCCUGGUUUUAGUGUUUCGACAGUGAUCGCGCCGUGACCAGGCUCGCAUCGAUCAUGCUGUGUGCGUUUUUUCCACGACACUCUGACAACUUCUUUGCGUGUGGUGGCGACAGUGGGGAGCACUUUGUCGUGGAUGAUUACUGCUGUGGCUGGAUCUGACAGGAAUGCUUGACGGGAGCUGUGCGCCGCGUUCACAUAUGCCUUUAGGAGACAACUUCACACCGCCGUGGCCAUGCUUUACACUUUGAUCGUUUUUUUAAAGAAAGAAAACAAGAAAGGGACACAAUGAGCAAUCACAAGGGCGGAGGGAUGGCAUCGAAGGAAAGGCUGUACGAGCUGUGGAUGUUGUACUACACGAAGAAAGACGUGGGCUAUUUGCAGCAGUGGCUGGAGGCUUUUGUGGUGUCAUUUGAGAGGCUCAUUGAUGUGCAGUCGCUGGAGCCUCGGAGGCUGGAGGAGUGCAGCUCUGAGGUGCCCUUGCUCCCCAAGGAGGUCCUGGUGUUCCUCAGCACUCAGCUAUGGCACAGUGCACAGCACCUCUCUGGCGCCGCCGAGGAAAACAGCAGCACUCCCCACCCACUGCUCCUCAUCAAGUUCUAUAUCAUUGUCUGCAGGAAUAUGGAGAACAUCGAUAAAGAAAACAUCCCUGGUUUUGUUUUUGAAACAAUCAGGCUUUUAAACUUCUGUUUGGACCAGCUAAAAAAUGGACAAGGAGAGCAGUCUUCCCUGCAGAUGGUUGUGCAGUAUGGACUUGUUCUGUGUGAGAGUCUGUUUGACCCUUAUCAGACGUGGAGGAGACGCCUAGCAGGGGAGGAGGUGAGCUUACUGGAGAGGAACAAGUACAAGUUCUCCCCGCUGGCCUUGCCAGAGUUGCUGCCCGCUCUCUUCCAUGGAAGUCUACAGGAAAGUGAGAAGAUCCCAGAGAUCCUCACGCUCAGAUUGGUUCAUCUCCAGGGUGCUGUCAUCAGUGGAGGAAAGAAAAAUGGCCUUCUCUCCAUCACCCCUCGCUCUGUGGAGGACCUGUUCUCUGUUUUGCGAGCGUGGUGCCUCCGCACCUCCCCUGAAACCAAGGACACGGGACUCCCACGGCUGACCUUACAGUGCCUGACAGCAAUGAUCCACCUCCUGCACACCAGCAGUCCUGCAGAGCGGCAGGUAGAGAUCAGGACGAUACUGGAGAGCUAUUUCCAGCUUCUCAACUGGAACCGUCCGCUGAGCAGUGAACAGCAAGACAGACAGAACUGGGAAGACAGCCUGAUCUCGCUCCAGAGCCAAAUGCUAACUGCUGUUCCUGAGAUCCUGCAGUGUCCCGACAGACCCGUGCUACAGGCUGUCUUCCUCAACAACAACUGCUUUGAACACAUCCUCAGGCUCAUUCAGAACAGCAAGCUCUUUCAGAGCAACAGGUGUAGGCUGGAGAGUGAGGUUUUGUGUGACCUCACUACAAGUUUACUCACAGAGGUCGAAGUGGACCAGGUUUUGGAGAAAGGUCCAGACAGUAUUACUGUUCAUGCUUUAGGAGUCCUCACUGCUAUAAUGAGUAACUCACGGUCUGCAAAGGAGGUUUUCAAGGAGAGGAUUGGUUACUCCCAGCUGUUUGAUGUGCUCAAGAGUCAAGGUCAACCCACCAAAAGGCUGUUGCAGGAGCUGAUGAACAUGGCAGUCGAGGGCGAGCACGCCCACGCUCAUCACCUUGGCAUCAGUAAUGACCAGCCCUUGCUGCUGCUUCUGCAGUGGCUGCCGGACCUGUCGGGUAAGAGGGAGCUUCAGCUGCUGGUGGCACAGUGGCUUGCCACCGUCUGUCGUGGCUCCCUGUCCUGCCGCACUGUGGCGGUAGAGGCAGGCAUGGUGGGGACUCUCCUGCAGGUGCUCUCGCAGCCAGAGCGUCUGGACCGGCAAUGUGCAGAUGCUCUCCUGGGUCUCCUGCAGCACCUGGGCUCCCUGUGUCUGAAACCAGAGGAGUUGAAGAGUCUGCUCCGUCUGCUCAGGGUGGAUCAGGACAGUGGUGCAUUGCUGGGGAAGUUGCACCCCUACUGCACUCGUGUCAUCCGAGUGCUCUCGGCCAUGGCAGCCAGAGAAGGCCAGGACAGUGCCUUGCAGUACUUUGAUCUCACCCCCCCCAUGGCAGGUAUUAUGGUGCCCACAGUCCAGCGCUGGCCAGGCAAUGGGUUUGCCUUUCAUGCUUGGCUAUGCCUCAACAUGGAGUUCCCCGAUGAGCGUCGACCGCGCGCCAACUCCGUCAUAGGGUCUGAUAUGGGGAAAGGCCCACGCAGGAAGCAGCUCUACAGUUUCUUCACAGCUAGUGGAACAGGGUUAGAAGCUUUCUUUACCAUGGAGGGAGUGCUGGUUGUGGCUGUCUGCACUAAGAAAGACUACAUGGCUGUCACUCUACCAGAGCAUCCACUGGCUGACUCACGAUGGCAUUCAGUUGCUAUUGUCCACAUCCCGGGCCGUCGUCCGUUUGGCCAGAACCUGGUGUCCAUCUACAUCGAUGGAGAGCAAUGCACAACUGCUCAGCUUCGCUUUCCAUCUCUUAGUGAGCCUUUUACCUCCUGCUGCAUCGGCUCUGCAGGCCAUCGGACCACUACCACCACCACCUCUCCCAACCUGCACACACAGUCCACCUCCACUCCGUCACCCGAGUUUGCCUUCCCUCUUCAUGGCCCCUCCCUUAUCCGCUCCCAGUCUUUCCCAGUCUCCUUUGCUGGAGGCCACAGGGGGUCCACAGGCGAGUCCCAGGUGCACACCAUCGCAGCAGGACUGCAGGACACAGAGUGGGGGACACCCUCGUCUCUGAAUGGUCUCCUGGGUAACGCCUUCAUCUGCUAUGAGGCUCUGCAGCCUUCGCAGACCAAAGCUCUGUUUAAUGCAGGCCCCAAUCACGUGUCUUUAUUCAAAGUGGAUGGAGAGUUAUCUGAUCUCAACAGCAAGCUCCUGCUCUACUACACUCCACAGGCCUUCAAGAGCCAAAUAUGUCUGGACCUGUCACCCAAUCACCUGUAUGACGGCAGACUGACGGGACACAGGGUGGUGAAUUGUGACAUCAAGGACGUUGUAAACGUGGUGGGAGGUAUCGGGGUUUUGCUGCCCCUGCUGGAGCAGGUGUGUGACGCUGAGCAGGUUUACAAUGGUGGGCAGGAAAUCUCUGACUUGCUGGGACCGGAGCUCACCUCCUCCAGAGGCCACGCUGCCAUGCUGCUGCCACUGAACAAGUCCGCAGAGGGCAGACUCGAGAGAAACAGCAUCGCUGCUUUUCUUCUGAUGGUGAAAAACCUGAUUUGUCAUCACCCUGUCAAUCAAGAGAGCCUGCUGCACAACCACGGGCCGAGCAUCAUAGGAGCCAUGCUCAGCAGGGUUCCAGGCUGUAUGAUGGACAUGGAUGUUUUAAUAGCCUGUCAGCUGCUGCUGGAGCAGGUCUUCAACGAGGGCAACAGUCCACUUCUACAGCAGCUCUAUCAUCACCUGCUCUUUGAUUUCCGCAUCUGGACUAAAAGCCAUUUCGCUGUUUGUCUGGCGCAUUUGCAGUACCUGUCAUCUGUGAUAAAGAAAGGCAAGCAGAGUAUGAAGAGGAAGUACGGGGUCCAGUACAUUCUGGAUACUAUUCGGACAUUCUACAGUGUGGAGAAAGAUGGCAACUCUAUGUCUGAUGAGAAGCAAACCGUUCAGACGUCUCUGUUCAACAUGCUGAAAGACUUUCUCAAAUCUCCCACACCAGAAGAGCUUCAUAGUGUCCUUGCCUACAUUCUGAGCGUCGGGGACGAGCAGCAGGUGGUGAGGGCUUUGGAUGUGCUGUAUGAACUCUUGAGGAGCAGCCCUCCUCGUGAGCAGGUGCAGGCCGUACUGCUGGAGAGGGGCGUGGAGCAGCUGUACUGUUUGCUGCUCACUCCAAGCUAUGGAGACGAGGCCAGAGAGAGGGUGUUUAGGGUUUUGUACAAAAUGCUCAAGAGCGAGCGAGUGUCUGAGCGGAACAAGCAGCGCAUUAAGCUUAAGGAUUUCGGCUACUUCGGCCUGGUUUGUUUCCUGGAUGAUUGUCCUGUCACCACGAUCACUGUGCGCUGUCUGUACGAGCAGGUCCUUGCUACAGAUGCCAGCCCGAACUUCAGAGACCUCUUGGCUGUAGUAUGUCUGUCCCAUCGAGCUGAGCUCACCGUACGCCUGGAUGUCUGUCGCAAGCUCUUUCAUCUGAUCUACUCCAAUGAGGAUUAUGUGAAGCAGCUCGCCAAGCAGCCUGGCUGGCAGGACGUUCUCACCAAACUCUAUGUGAAAGAGUCCUACGAGUCUCACACGGCCAGCAUCGCCUCCGCGUCCAGCACCUCCUUUGAGCCAAGCUAUCGGCCACAUCUGCACAGAGACCAGUCUCAGGAAUCCCACACGGACAUCUUCCUGAGUUACCGCAACUCACAGGACAUGGAGGAAGAGGAGGAGGAAGAUGAAGGUGGCCAGCGGGACUUCUCGGAGGGAUUCUCUGAUUUCUCACAAUCGCCUCCCAGUGGAGGGGGAGGCCCACUGAAGAACUUCACUGGCUCCCUCCAAUUUAAGUCGUUUGAUUCAAUGGACCACGGCAGCCACUCAUCCUCCACCUCCAAUGCAGUCGAUAUCAACUCGUCUUCCACCAAUGAAGAGGGGAGGGAGUACCACCCCCUCGCCCCCUUUGGUACUUCACCCUUAGAUUUAGAGCUAGUCGGCAUGGGAGAGACGGGCGCACACACUCCUGCAGGUAGUAUGAAUAACACACCGUCCCCACUGGAGCACUGCAAACCAUUUCCACCUCUCAGGCCCAGGAAGAGUUCAAGUUUGUCCAACGUACUGGACGACACAAGCUACGGGACAGACCCUCCUACUGCAGACACAAUCUCCAACACGUCCAACCCACAGCAGACGCCCGAAGAAGAGCUGUGCAACCUCCUCACGAACAUCGUCUUCUCUGUGCUGUGGAGCGGCAGUGGAGCAGAGGGACCGGAGGACGUGGUGUGGAGAGAGAGAGGACAAGUCUUUUCUGUUCUCACCAAACUGGGCUCAUCCUGCCAGCUGGUCCGGCCCCCUGACGACAUCAAACGCAGUCUGUUGGAGAUGAUGCUGGAGUCGUCGCUGUCAGACUUGAGAGACGCACAGGGAGUGUCUCUGCCUUUCUGUCCCAGUCUGGUUCGACUACUCAGGCUGCUGCAGGACUUCCUGUUUGCUGAGGGGACAGGAAACCACACGCUGUGGAGUGAAAAGAUAUUUGAGGGGGUAGUGAACCUGCUGGACAGGUUACAGGCCUGGCACAGCACCCCGGGCAGCCCCGGCAACACCGAGCUGAAGGAAAUGGCCCAAAUCGGCCUGAGAAUCAUCACCGCGUAUAUCCAACAGCAGAACUCGCAGGUGUGUGUGAUGGCCUAUGUGAAGCUCCACAGCCUCCUCCAGACUGUGCUGUGUCUGAGCUGGGAGGAGGUGUGCUUUCUUCUGGGGCAGCUGGGCGCCCCCCUGUGGCCAGGAGGCAUAAUAGACAACACCAUCUGUGGACAACCAGAGAUUUUUUCCCAGCUGGUGCCCAUAGUACGAACUCUGCUCGAUCAGCACGCCGACCCCAUCAUCCUCCAGCGUCUGCUGCCAAACCUCCCCAUCACCAAUGGCAGCCCCACCUUUGCCCAGGACUUGAAGGUUUAUAGUCUGACACUGGAGUGGCAGGAGUUUUAUCAGCAGGAGGUUCUACCAACCAUGGAGCAGUACAAGCUGGACACUUUUGGGAGGAGCCAUGACAUCAUGUCCAAUUUCUGGAACUCCACCUUCGAUGACCUGAUGAGCACGGCCUUUAAACGGGACAAAGACAGAUCUGACAGCAAAUCGAAGUUUCAGGAAGUGAUCGUAGACCCCUACCUAAAGCGAGUCAGGAGUGAGAACAACAGGUACCUCAGUUGUCAGAAGCAGAACUCUAACCAGCAGGGGGUGGUGUGGCAGCACUGGAGAUCUCUCCGCAGACUUCUGACCAGUGAGAGAGGAGCGUGGGCCCACAGAGUUCAACCAGAGGUGAAAUGGAAACUGUCCAACGCAGAGACGUAUUCAAAAAUGCGUCUGAAACUUGUGCCCAACUACAACCACGAUCCUCACUGUGAGGCCAGCGCCCUGAGAGACAACAUGGGAGCUGAUAGUCCUCGUAGCUCCGAACCUCUCCCACUGGCUGUUGCAAAGGAGGCGAAAGUGAGUGACAUGGAGGAUGAUCAGUUGGGAGAAGAGGACCUGGUCUUUUUGGAUCAUAAGGGGGAGGGAGAAGACGAGAGCCAGAAAGAAAAACUGGUUCUGUCUGAAGACUGUGAACUCAUCACCAUCGUGGCGGUUGUUCCUGGUCGUCUGGAGGUUACCACACACCAUCUUUACUUCUACGACGGCAACAGCGAGAAAGAAGAGACAGAGGAGGGAAUUGGGUUUGAUUUCAAGAGGCCUCUGUCUCAGCUCAGAGAAGUCCACCUGAGGCGCUACAACCUGCGGCGGUCUGCACUGGAGCUGUUCUUCAUAGAUCAGGCUCACUACUUUAUCAACUUCAGAAAGAAGGUACGAAACAAAGUAUACUCACGGAUCCUGGGGCUGCGGCCCCCCAACUUGUUUUACUUUGGCUCCCGCUCCCCUCAAGAGCUACUGAAGGCAUCUGGGCUUACACAGAAAUGGGUGUGCAGAGAAAUCUCCAAUUUUGAGUAUCUGAUGCAAUUGAACACCAUCGCUGGACGCACCUACAACGACCUGUCACAGUAUCCUGUGUUCCCCUGGAUUCUGGGCGACUACACAUCUCCUGUUCUGGACCUGGAGGACCCGUCUGUUUUCAGAGACUUGUCUAAACCCAUCGGUGUGGUCAACCCGCGGCACGCACAGAAUGUCAGGGAAAAGUAUGAGAGCUUUGAGGACCCAACAGGCACUAUUGAUAAAUUCCACUAUGGCACACACUACUCAAAUGCGGCAGGAGUCAUGCACUACAUGAUCCGCAUGGAGCCGUUCACCACCCUGCAUAUCCAGUUGCAGAGUGGCAAGUUUGACUGCGCAGACAGGCAGUUUCACUCGGUGGCAGCCGCUUGGCAAGCUCGCAUGGAGAGUCCUGCUGACGUCAAAGAGCUCAUCCCAGAGUUCUUCUAUUUCCCGGAAUUCCUGCAGAACAUGAAUGGGUUCGACCUGGGACAUUUGCAGAUAUCGCAGGACGCCGUGGCGGACGUUCUGCUGCCUCGCUGGGCGUCGUCAAGAGAGGAUUUCAUCAGGAAACACAGAAAAGCGCUGGAAAGCGAGUAUGUGUCCAAUCACCUCCAUGAGUGGAUUGACCUGAUCUUUGGUUACAAGCAGAGAGGCGAAGAGGCAGUGAACGCACUCAAUGUCUUCUACUACUGCACUUACGAAGGUGCAGUAGAUCUGGAUGCAAUCGCCAAUGAGAAUGAGCGCAAGGCCCUGGAAGGCAUCAUCAGCAACUUUGGACAGACUCCGUGUCAGCUUCUUAAGGAGCCUCAUCCUCCUCGCAUGUCAGCGGAGAACGCAGCCAGGCGGCAGGUCCGCCUGGACACCGUGCCCCAAAACAUCUUCGAGGAGAUCCAAAAACUCCGGCCAUUUGUGGAGGUGGUUAGCGACGGGCUUCCCCUGGUGCAGGCGGUGGUGCCAAAGAACCAGAAUCGCUCCUUCAUCAUCCAGGGCUCAGACAUACUGGUGACUGUGAGUUCAAACGGGUUGAUAGGAACACACAGCUGGUUGCCGUAUGACAAGAACAUCGCCAACUAUUUCACCUUCACUAAGGAUCCCACGAUGACGAAUCCCAAAACGCAACGUUUCUUGACCGGACCUUUCUCUUCUGGGGUGGAGAUCAGCGCUCAGGUGCUGGUGGUGUCUAAUGACGGACGUCUGCUGUUUAGUGGAGGACACUGGGACAGCAGUCUCCGCGUCACCCAACUGGCCAAGGGCAAGUUGGUGGGCAGGAUCUGCCGGCACAUUGACAUUAUCACUUGCUUGGCUCUGGAUCUCUGCGGCAUCUACCUCAUCUCUGGCUCGAGAGACACGUCCUGUAUCGUGUGGCAGGUCCUACAGCAGGGUGGCUUCUCCAGUGGCCUGUCUCCUCGGCCGGUGCAGGUUCUCUGUGGACAUGACCAGGAGGUCACCUGUGUCGCCAUUAGCACUGAACUAGACAUGGCUGUCUCAGGGUCAAAGGACGGGACUGUGAUCGUGCACUCGGUCAGACAAGGUCAGUUCCUGCGAACGCUGCGACCUCCCGGGAAUAGCUGUGUCCCUGCUGAAAUCUCUGCGCUCCAGGUCGGCAUGGAAGGUCACAUUGUGGUUCAGACCUCGCUGGAGGAACACUGUAACAGAAAGGGCCAGUACUCCGUUCAUGUUUACACUGUGAAUGGAUGUCUUCUGUCGUCCUUCACCACAGAGGAGCAGGUGACUGCGCUCCACCUGGUGAAUGAAUACGUCAUCCUGGGCACCAUGCAGGGCAGCCUCCACAUACUGGAUCUAUACAGUCUCAAUGCUCCAGUCUCACCUCUGGCACUGAAGAUUCCUGUGCGGAGUGUGUCUGUGACCAAAGAGUACAGCCACAUCCUCGUGGGUCUAGAGGAUGGGAAGCUGAUUGUGGUGGGGGCAGGGAAGCCAGAGGAGGUUCGCUCAGGACAAUUCUCCCGUCGCCUGUGGGGCUCCACUCGCCGCAUCUCUCAGGUGUCGUCAGGUGAAACCGAGUACAUUCCCACUGACAAUUCUGGGAAAUGAGUCGGCGGAGGAACUCUGACGGAUGUGGAGGCUGCUGAUGCCGACGCAGCUGAGACGCUCGCCUAACUCAACGAGGCCUUGCUUCCUUUACAAGUUGAGAAACUCAGCCACUGAUCUCUCUGAGAGAGCGACUAUACACUGAGCACUUUGAUUUUUAUAUAGUCCUAAAGGAUUUGGUAUUUUAUUGCAUUUUUUUUUCUUUUCUUUUACAGUUUUACUGUUUUUAAUCAGCAUCAUUCCAAAUAGAGGCCUUGUUUUAUGGAAAGCACACAGCACGGCGUUCGCGGUUGUGAACAGUUGUCAGACAAUAUACACUGAGUCACGCAGAUGACUCACUCUGAUCCACAUUCAGCGUCAGGAAAGCAAUGCUGUGAACUCCUCGGGCGCCAUGUUCUUAGCUCGUUUACUGUCAGAGAAACAGCUGUGACCUCUGUGCUGCUGAAUGUCCCAAAUCCAUUGUUUGGCAAGAGCACCUUCUUUAACUCCAAACGUGAAGAAUCUACUGCAUGUUCCACAUAUAACGCAGCACUAGUGUAUCCCACAAGAGGGUUUUUCCUGUGUGGAGGAAGACACACAGACACACGGACACACACCGAUCCUGUGUUGACAUAGUCGGUGGUUGACGUCGAGCCUUGACACCCCAAGUGCACCGCAGAAUUCUGUAAUUCUGCAUUCCGCUGGCUCUAAGCAAUGGCCAACUGUUACAAUUAAAGCAACAAGUGCUUUAAACGUCAAAGUAUGUGAAAUAUGUUUCUUUCAUAAGAGUUGUGGUGCUUGAAAGCGAUGAGAAGUGUACUGUUGCCUCUCACACGGGCAGAGUGAAGGUCUUGUACUAGUUUUAUUCUCCUGUUCUUUCUGUUUGGUCUGAAAGUGCCUUUUUUUUUUUUUAGCUCGUGACAUGAACUAUGUGCAAACACUGAUCUCCAACAAUCUUUUUCAUAUAGAUCGCUAUAUGUCAAGAUUUUAUUUUAGUUUUUUUUUUAUCUGUGAUUUAAACACACGUGGCGUGGAUGAGAUGUUAAUGAACUUGGAAAACUGCGGGUUGGACACACAUGCUUGUUUGUCCUGCAAGUUCUCUUGUGUCGGGGGAGGCCCCGAAAACGUCUGAAGACACGAUGACUGCACAACACGUGAGCGACUGUGAGGGAGCUUCAGAGGAAUUCACUUCCUGCCUGCUUCUUUUACUGUGGUCGGAGCAGAGUAGUUGUUAUGCAGUGUCAUGACAGGAGCGAGACAAAGGAAACUAUCUGAGAGAACACGAUACCACAACGUGGUGCACACACGCAAAUAAGUCUCUCUUUUUUUGUGAUCCUCAAGAAUAUCCGCGUGUGUAAUCAAGGAAACUAUAUUUGAAAUGUUGUUUACCUAUAAAUCAAAUGCUGUCUUCACAGAACAAUAUCAUAGUUUAAUCAGAGUGCGAUGGUCAAAGGGUUUGCAUAUAUGGCUGUUCAAUUACACAUUUAAUGUAAUCCAUUUUUGUAUUGUGUAUACUGAUAAUAAUUAUAUAACACUGCACUCUAUUCCGCUUUAAAUGUUAUGAAUGUAAUGUUUGCCUUAACUAUGCAGUAACUCACAUGUGUCUUUUAUUUAAUUUUUGGUGAUUUACAGUCACAGUCUUCUUAUGAAAAAAAAAAAUCCUUAAAUCCUGCCUUUAUGAUCAGGUAUUUUGUUAUUACUCAGUGUUCAAGUGUGAUCCCGUGUAAAGCCUGAAGAGAAGGUCAGAGCUGGAUUUGGACGUGACCCAUUUCUCUUUCACCACUAUUAUUUACUGUUGUGUUGUUCUUGAAAUGAUUGGAAAAUACACCUUCCAUUUAAAAAAAAACCCAAAACA